CAGAAAUUAAAUUACCGGCAUGUAGCAUUUUUAAUGAAUUGAGAGAGAUUCUAAGUGUGAAUUGCUGAAAAUAAUGGCUAAAAUUCUCCUUAUUGAACCAUUUUAUGGCGGAUCGCACAAGCAGUUGAUUGAUUUACUCUUCGAAAAUGUGCUCCAUUGUGGUCUGUACACGCAGACGGCCAAAAAAUGGCACUGGAGAUCGAGGACUAGUGCACUCCACUUUGCGGACGUCAUCCCAUUUUCUCAGACGUACGAGAUUUUGUUUUGUAGCUCUGUUUUAAAUUUAACUGAGCUCGUUGCUCUGAGACCAGACUUGUAUAAGCUAAAGAAAAUAAUUUAUUUUCAUGAAAAUCAACUUGUGUACCCAGUAAGAAAGCAGCAAGAAAGAGAUUUUCAAUAUGGCUACAAUCAAAUUUUGUCCUGCUUGGUCGCAGAUGUCAUUUUGUUCAAUUCAGACUUUAAUAGGACAUCAUUCCUCGGUAAUAUUAAGAAAUUUUUCAAACUCAUGCCUGACUACAGACCAAUGAAUAUUGAACAAAAGAUUAUGAAUAAGUGCAGAACUCUUUACUUCCCAGUGGAAUUAAUAAAUGGUAUCAAAAGAAUUUUGCCUGAUGUCAUAUAUGAAGAAAAUGAUGUUGUUUCAUCUAGUAACAUUUUAAAAAAAGACAACCCAUCAGAUAAAGUAUCAAUUGAUAAUUCUCCUUUAAAAAUUGUUUGGCCUCACAGAUGGGAGCAUGACAAGAAUCCACAGUUGUUUUUAAAAACUCUAAAAAGCUUGACUUUCAAAGGAUUAAAUUUUGAUGUGUAUAUUCUUGGACAGUCUUUCUCUGAAACAGAUAUGUUUGAUGAUGAUAAAAAAGUUUUGGAACGUCACAUCAAGCAUUGUGGCUUUGUUGCUUCUAAAGAAGAUUAUUUUAAAAUCUUAUCCACUUGUGAUGUAGUCAUUUCUACUGCUGUACAUGAAUUUUUUGGAGUUGCCAUGAUUGAAGCCGCUUAUUUGGGAUGCUUCCCACUGGUCCCUAACAUUUUAGUUUAUCCUGAAAUCUUUCCUACUGAGUGCCUCUACAAGAAUGAAGUUGAUUUGAUUGGAAAACUUGAAUCCUUUUGUCAGAAUCCUAAAGCUGUUAGGAAUUCCAACGUUAAGAUUGAUUUCCAAAGAUUCAGCUGGGAUUCUUUGAAAAAUGAUUAUUUUGAACUGCUUAAUGUGAAAUAAAUAUUUAAAA